AUGGACCCAACCGGCGGCGAGGGCUGUGGUGGCGGCGGCGGUGGUGAUAGGCACCUCGACCUCAACCUCUCCCUACGGUCUUCCUUGGAGCUGGAGCUAGAGCCGUUGGGCUACUUCUCCUGUUCCUACUGCAGCAAGAAGUUCUCCACCUCGCAGGCGCUCGGCGGCCACCAGAAUGCCCACAGGUUGGAGCGCAGCAUUGCCAAGCGCAGCCGCGAGCUGGCCGCAGCACGUGGGGUUGAAGAGGAUGCGAGGAGGGGGAAGGAACCGCGCAUUUCAGCGCCGCCGAUCAUGGCUCCAAGCUCCUCGCACAUGAUCAUGGCAUCGCCAGAGGCUGGAGAGGACCUUGCUGACAAGAUUGAUCUCUCCCUUAAGCUAUGA